AUGGCAGGAGAGACACCCACUUCAGACUGUUCCAAUCUUAUUGACCACAGCCACGUCUCAAGGUUCGAGGUGGCUCUGGGGGUCAAGAUCACCUUGGCCUUAAUCUAUGUCUGCAUCUUUGUGGCGGGCCUCUUGGGCAACAGCAUCACCAUCAAAGUCACCAGGAUCCUGCAGAGGAAAGGCUACCUGCAGAAGGAGGUCACCGACCACAUGGUGAGCCUGGCCUGCUCCGACCUGCUGGUCAUCCUGCUGGGCAUGCCCGUGGAGUUCUUCAGUGCCAUCUGGAGGCCCUUUUCCACCCCCAAUGGCAACAUUGCCUGCAAGCUCUACUGCUUCCUCUUCGAAGCCUGCAGCUACGCCACGGUGCUGCACGUGGCCACGCUCAGCUUCGAGAGGUACGUGGCCAUCUGCCACCCCUUCAGGUUCAAGGCCGUGUCCGGGCCGCGCACGGUGAAGCUGCUCAUCGCCUUCGUCUGGGGCACCUCUGUCCUGGUGGCUCUGCCCCUGCUCUUUGCCAUGGGCACAGAAUAUCCCCUGGAGGUCGUCGAGGGCUACCAAAGAACAAUUUCCUGUGUCAGGCCUACUCCCAGGCACUUCAUCCCUGAGCUGAAGCGCAACAUGACCAUCUGCACCAACCUCUCCUCCAGGUGGGCUCUGUUCCAGGCCAGCGUCUUCAGCGCCUUCGCUGUGUACAUCGUGGUGCUGGGCUCUGUCACCUUCAUGUGCCACAGCAUGAUGAAAGCCCUGAUGAUGCACAAGGAAGGCACUGUGGCAGUGAAGGGUGCACAGCACCAGGAGCGGUACCUGAGGAAAAGUGAAAGUUCGGAGGGCAAGAGCUCCAGGAGACAGAUCAUUUUAUUCCUGGGACUGAUCGUUGCCACUCUGGCGCUUUGCUGGAUGCCGAGCCAGGUCAAAAAGAUCAUGGCUGCUGCUAAACCAAAGCAGGACUGGACCACCUCCUACUUCGAAGCCUACAUCACCCUCCACCCCAUCUCCAGCAUCUUCUUCUACCUCAGCUCGGUGGUGAACCCGCUGCUGUACAACAUCUCGUCGCAGCAGUUCCGCAGCGUGUUCCUGCAGGUGCUGUGCUGCCGGCUCAGCCUCCAGCACGCCAACAAGGAGAGGUUCCUCAGGGCCAACCAGAGCUCUGCCGCGCGGAGCAGCCGCUCCCUGCGCCCGCUGCUCUUCACCUCCUCCCGGCGUGGCUCUUCCACCAAGGGCAACGCCAAAGUUUUCCUGAGCACCUUCCAGAAGGAGCCCACGCCCGGCUGCAGCCCGGGGGAGCCGGGUCCUGCCCCAGCAGAUUCCAGCCUGGAAGAGGUGUCCCUGGAGACUGGCUCAGAGCCCGGGCCGGGCGCACAGAACGGCCUUUGUGAACAUCGAGUAUGACUUCAUAAGGCAAAGCUAAUGCUUAGCAAUGAGCUUAAAAACAUGGAAAUUGAAAUGACCGAGGAAAGUGACAACAUCGCCAAAGGAAUAACACAGAUGGAUUUGUUUCCAGUUAUGCAAAAGGAACAGGAGUUCUGUAUCCUGCUGGGAUUUUUAAGUGCACACUGGAAAUUCAAUCUGCUAACUGAACUCAUUAGCUGACAAAAAUAUCAGCCCCUCUUCUCCAUGCAACCACUGAACUUCCCUUGCUGUUGACAGGGAUUUGGAAACAAACAGAAAAUAAUUGCAGCGUCCUUGAAGAAAGAAGGAUGCAGGACAAAUCGUGUCAGGGCAAAAUAAAACCAAA